GUGACAUUUUAGAUGAGGCAACAAGGAAAGACCUUUUCACUGACACUUUCUGUAAGGUUUGCAGGGCAGUGCUGCAGUUUGAGUCUGAAAGGACAUCACACUACAAGGGCAAAAAACAUGCUCAGAAAGUUCGUAUUUACAUCCAAAUGCAUGGCGAAAAAGAGAAGAGGCAGAAGAAAACAGAUGGCAUCAAUUUUCAGAUGGAUGGGAGUGAAGUAGUGGACAAGAACAAGUACUGCAGUCUCUGCAACGUGUUGUUUACUUCCCCAGUAGAUGCUUUGUCUCACUACUUGGGAAAGACCCACGCUAAAAACGUGAAGCAAUCCUCAGAGGGAGCCCACAUGCCAGCACAGGGCAUGCAGAUUGUUCCUGCUUUACAGCAGCCAUCAGCUGAGAAGCCCUUGCAGCCUUCAGGAGCUGAAGAGUCUCCAUCAUCCUCCAACACAAGUCUGAAGUUAAAUGAUCCAGACAAGUUCUGCAGGCUCUGCUGUGCUUCCUUUAAUAAUCCACUUACAGCCCAGCAGCACUACAGUGGUAAGAAACACAGAAGAAAUGAAGCACGGAAGAAGAUCCUGGAGGAGCUAGGAGACAAAGUUGUCCCUGCAGAAUCCAGCACAAGUGGUAAGCAGAACUCUCUCAAACCUGCAUGUUCUUCCUUUCCAGCAGUUGGAGCUGGUUAUUACAUAUGCCCCAUAUGUAAUGUCACGCUUACUUCUAUAGAAACAUACCAGUCCCACCUGCAAGGAAAGAAGCACCGGCUUAAAGAAACAAAGCUGGCCCAUCUCAUGAAGAAACCAAAGAAAAGCAAUGACUCCGUGCAAGAGGAAUUAACAGAUUGCAUUAAAGUUCAAGAGGCUAAAGGUCAAGAGCCAAGGAGACGUUUGGUAAAAGUGGAAGAGGAAUGGAUUCAAGAUGCAAACAUUGAAGGUGAAAGUGACCUUGGUGAGGUUCCAUCUUCAAACUCUAAGUGUCAACAAGGACAUUCCAGCCUUAUCUCGAAAACCCAGUCACCUACAAAUACUGGGGACACGAGAUCACCAGGUUGGCCAUCAACAUGUGAGCACACACUAGGAACACCUAAUUGUUGCUAUAACAAGGAAUACUGUAAAGAAGAACAAUCUGAGGUGGCCAUCAUCAGUGAUAAGAGCUUCAGCCUGUUGGCUGCAGAGCCUACAGAGUGCUACAACUUUACACUUGCUGAAACUUCUACCAACUCCUACAGAAAAGAACAGAAAUCUCAGAUAAAACGUUUCAAGGAGGAAGACGAACCCAUCAGUGAAGAGCUGAAGUAUGAAAAAGAAGCCCCAAAGUGGAAAAGAAAGAAAAGUAGUGAAGGUGCAGAUCUUGGAGGAGAAAAUGAGAAGUUGAAUGAAAAACAGAAGAGAAUGAAAGUUGAGCUGGGCUUGGUGAAUAAGAAGAAAUCAAGACCUUUUAAAGACAAAAUACUUGAAGAGAACCCUGCUGAAAGAACCAGCAAAAAUCCCAAGAAGGAUAAAGAGAAGCCGCAAAGAGAGGGCAAAAUAGAAGAGGAGCUACUUUGGGUUGAAUCUUCGGGAUAUUGA